AAGAGUGACACCGUUAUGAAUGUUGAACCACCUCCACCGUGAUGUAAACAGAGGCAGUGUCAGCUGUGAGACAGGGAGGGUGGUUGGGUGACGCCCAUUUAUUGGCUUAUGUGGUGCAAUUACAUCAUAGACACUCUCCCACGGCUGCAGGAACAAAGAAAAUGUCAGCAAGAGAAGGCGUAGCUGCAGGCAUGGACCAUAGUGGGAGAGAACCAACUAUCUUACAGUCUGUACCGUUCAGCUCAGCUGUAGAUGCCGGCUUUUGGCACCACUUCACUCAGCUCAAGCUGGAUGUGCUGCAGCUGAGUGAGCAGGCUGUCCCAGUGAUGGGAAGCUAUACCAACACUGAUACCCCUGGGCUGCCUCCACGCCUCUAUGUGGAAUAUGAUGCUCUGGAAAGGAGAAAAACAGCAUCCAGAUGGUCCUGCCAUGCUACAGGGACUCUGAUCAACACCAACACCAUCGAGGAGUUCCGGAAUCGCAGCAAACAAGACUUGCUGAAGGGAUCUGCUACCACUCUCUGGGAAGCCAUCACCUCAGGCCAAGCUCUGCAGGACCCCUCAGUGCUGGCAUCCUUCCUCAUGUUCACCUUUGCUGAUCUGAAGAAGUAUCAUUUUUAUUACUGGUUUGCCUUCCCAGCCUUCACUUACCCCAAGGCCAUGCACAAGAAACCACCUCAGUCCUUCACUGAUGCCUUAACUCAGAAAGAGAUUGAAUCUUUGCUAGCAUCAUAUACAAGUCAAGAAGUUGAUUUCAAUCAGGGCUUCUUCAGUAUCACCAAAAGUGAUGAGGAGUUCACUGUUCACCCUCUGAGGGAUUACCCCAAGCUUCGCACUGCCGCUGAUAGCAAGUCCAACCAAGAGGUCUACCUGGGCAUAUCAGACCCCAGCACACUGCCAAGCAACCCAGGCUGGACACUACGCAACCUGCUCACUUUGGUGGCCAUCAGGUGGUCCAAACAGUGGCAGAGUUAUAAAGUGGUGUGUCUGAGGGUGCGAACCAGGAACGGUGUGCAAGAUGCUUCUCAUAGUCUUGUGGUUGAGGUUGACUUGAGUGAGGAGCCAGAGUCACUCAUUCCCUCAGAGAUGCCACCAUGUCUUGGCUGGGAGAAAAAUGAAAGAGGAAAGAUGGGACCUCGUAUGGUUAACCUAUCAGCAAAUAUGGAUCCCACCAGGUUGGCAGAGUCUGCAGUGGACCUGAACUUAAAGCUGAUGCGGUGGCGGGUCGCGCCUCAGCUCAACCUGGGUGUGGUACAGCAGACCCACUGCCUCUUGCUUGGUGCUGGCACUCUGGGCUGUGCUGUGGCACGGUGCCUCAUGGGAUGGGGUGUGCGACACAUCACUCUCGUGGACAGUGCAAAGGUGUCUUACAGUAACCCAGUCAGACAGAAUCUUUUCACCUUCAGUGACUGCCAGAGUGGAGGGCGGCACAAGGCUGUAGCUGCUGCUGAAGCACUGCUCCAGAUCUUCCCAAAAAUGAAUAGUAAAGGGGUAGUGUUGAGCAUCCCCAUGCCAGGUCACACUGUUGGGGAAAGUUUACUGAAUCAAGUGAAGGAAGAUGUGUCUACUUUAGAGCAGCUCAUAGAUGAACAUGAUGCAAUCUUCCUUUUGAUGGACUCGAGGGAGAGCAGAUGGCUUCCUACAGUAAUUGGUGCUGCUAAGCAAAAGCUUGUUCUCACUGCUGCGUUGGGUUUUGACUCCUUCCUGGUGAUGCGACAUGGAAUCAGGGAAGUAGGGACGGAGGUUUCCCUCCCUUCCACCACAGCCAUUCCCCGUAACUCCAUUCCCGGCAAAAUGUUGGGCUGCUACUUUUGUAAUGACGUUGUUGCUCCAGGAAAUGUGAGUUCAACGCAUGACCGCACACUGGAUCAACAGUGCACAGUGACCCGACCUGGGGUGUCCUACCUUGCAGCUGGCCAUGUCACUGAGCUCCUGGCUGCAAUACUCCAACACCCUGACAAAGGACUGGCAGAGGCCAGUGUAAAAGAGCAAGGCAAUGUGAAAGAGGGAGUGUUGGGUCCAGUUCCUCACUCCUUACGAGGGUUUCUGGGAAGACACCAGCUCCUCACUCCGGCAUCCACGUCCUUUGACCAGUGCUCAGGCUGCUGCAGGGAGGUUUUGAAAGCUUAUAUGGAAGAGGGUUUUGAAUUUCUACUGAAAGUAUUCAACUCAACUGCAUACUUGGAGGAGGUGUCUGGCCUCAGCAGACUUCAUCAUUGUGUUGAUGAUUCUCAGGUGUGGGAGCUGAGUGAUGAGGAAGACAUGGAGUGAUGUGACCAGGUGGCCAAGGCUUGAAGAGAUCAAGUUGUGUUUUGUAUAGUUUUGUCAUUGACACUACUUGACAGUUAUUUCAGAUGUGGUUCAGUUCAACCAGAUCUAUCACUGCUGUGAUACAUUCAGACUAUACAGGUUGCCUCUUCAUGGCAGCAGUGGACUGACAGGUCAGAUAGUCAGGCACUGACAAAGAGCAUGGACCAUAAUGAGGCUCAUGAAUAAAUCCUGUCCAUUAUCAAUAGUAUUCACUAUUAUUAUCUUUGUAGGGUGAAAAAAAUUGUUCUGAUCAACCUCAAUGAAGAAAUCCAUGGAUAUUGGUAAUUUAGCUUGUUUGCUUGCUUUCCAAUUGCAUGUAAGCUCCUUACUUUUGUUUUAUUCUUUUAUUGAGUGGUAGAUUUGUUGGCCAUCCCUUUUAGUCUGACAGAAAAUUCUUUAAUGAACCAACUCAUGGUGAGUAACCUGAAGAAGUAUUAGGCUGGACAGUCUAAACUGAAGAGAGAUAAUUCUGACUUCUUAACUACGGUAAAGGUACACUGUAGAGUUUGGAUGUUGUAGAGGGUGUAUGUACUGUUUUCCAGACUUAAUGUUUAGAAACUGAGUGCCACAACAUUUUAGUUGAGGAAGUGAACUAGAGAAAUAGAGAGGAGAAGAAUAAUUUGUUCUAGGGCAGGAGUUCCUAAGCUGAGGUUUCCAAUCUCCCCAAGGGUUCACAAGAAGAUUUCCAGGGGUGCUUAGAUGGCUGAUCUAAUGAUAUCCUUUGCAGUACCUGCAUAUUGAGUUAGUGUCAAUUACUAAAUUAACAUUCUGUUCAUUGUCAGAUUUUGGGGGAUUCAGGCAGAAUGGUAGAUGUUCUUAUAACUCAGGAGGAUCUGAAUAAGAAAACGGUUGAAAACUCUGUUCUGGGGAGUGGAGAGGGUUGCAACUUGAAGCAGUGAUGGCAGUCGGGAGGUAUCAUAAAGGGAAGGGAAGUAAAGAGAGGAGUAGGUUAUAAAGAAAAAUGAUUAUACUCGUAGAAGAUAUUGUGCUUGGCUCUAUGAAAAUCAACAAGGGAGGUCCUAAUACACCAAGAUUGGUGAUGUUAUGAAUAUUUUUUUGUUAUCUUUAGUUCAGUGAUUUCAUGAGUAAUCUAGUCUUGUGUACUCUAAUGGCCAUUCCUUAACAUUCUGCUAUUGAGAUAGCUAUACUAGAACUAUACCUCAUUCAAGCACACACCCAGUCAUUCACACACUCUCUCUCUCUCUCUCUCUCUCUCUCUCUCUCUCUCUCUCUCUCUCUCUCUCUCUCUCUCUCUCUCUCUCUCUCUCUCUCUCUCUCUCUCUCUCUCUCUCUCUCUCUCUCUCAUUAUAUAUUAUUUGAUUUAUCAGGGAGUUGCUCUUUCACACACAGCAUUUAUUGCACAUUUGUAUAUCCUCAUUAUUUCUCCCUGUCUAUAUCUGGUAAACAAGAUGUCUCAGGAUGUUUCAUAUCAUCAGUGCACUAGUGAUUUUUUUCUUCCCCUCUAAACAUACUCUUUCACACCAUAAACAUCAGAUCUCUUGUUUCCUGUUUUCUUAUUGCUAUUUCUUAGACCUUUGUUCAUGCCUUAUUUGCAUGUGUCAGUGUUUUAAUUUUUAUAGGAUGCCUGUUUUACUUCUACGUUCAUUGCAUGGUAGAGCAUAGAAUUGCUUUUAAGAAUUGAUAAUCAGCACAACACCAUUUUAUUUUCUUUGGAUUUUAUAAUUAGUGAAACUUUUGCAUAUGCAGCAUUUCAGGUUGAAGGGCCUCAGACACCAAGCUGGCUGUGAACUAUUAGUGAUGCUGUUAAUAUAUAUAUAUACAUACCUAUUUUCCUUUAAUGUUGGAGAAUAUUCCUUCUGUAUUCUUGUUUACUGGUUUGAAGCCAUAUCAAUUCUUUUAUGUGAAACAAUGUUAUCAUUACUGUGAGGUGCAGUGUUAUGGAUGUUCAGGGAACAAAACUUUAGAAUGCUUAAGUAGAUCUAUUCAGUAACAACAUGCCUCUGACACACUCGUUACCAUCAACAUUUUGUAACACAGACAAUAAUACUGAAAUUUAAUCUACACCAACUACAUAAUUAUUUUCAAUAAAAUGGUCAGUUAUGAAUUUGUAGUAUGAAUAUUUGAGAUAUAAUAAUCACAUAGCUGAUUUAUCAAACAACCAAUGCUCUUUUUCAUUCUAAAUACCAUUGAAACUAUUGUGGGGCACAUAUUUGUGCUUUCUUGUUAUUUACAUGACUUAACUGUACUGCCUGACAGAGGAAAGGAAUGUGCAUCUCUAAUAGAAAGAUAAAUCAGUAGGAAUAGUUUUGCAGUUCAUGUCACACUGACUUAGUAUGGAUCACUGUAAGGAUGUGUUGUCUUUCUAUCAGUAUGGUCUGCAUACACUCGGUGACUGACUGUAGACUUUCACCAUUGUGAAGUGAGGAUGAUGGUCUCCUGCUAACACUUAUAUUCCAAUUUACAAAUUACCUAAUUUAAUUGUGAAUGUCACAAUAUAAUUGUUAUAGUACAGUACAGUUCUUAUAUAAUCCAUAUGUCUCACUAACAUUGUGUCUUGAGAUCCAUAUUAU